GGUAACAAGACAUGGCAACGCUAACUCCGGAGCAGAGGAGGCUUCAUUCGGCUGAAGCUGAUCCCGAGUUCGAUGUCCCGAAGGGCUCUGAAGGUUCUGGUCCAGGUCCGGUUCCAAGCGGUCUCCUGUCCUGGAGUCCACCUGCCAGCCAAGGAGGACCUGACCCUCAUGGUGAGCUUCAUGGGCCGGAGCGCUCAGUCCCAACGGCUCCCCGCCGUCUUCCCUCUGCUCCUCCACGAGAACAUGACCUUUGAAAAGAUUUUCAGGCAGGCGGUUGACCCUGGAGACAUCGCUGUCAUGCUUCAGUAUGAGACGGUCACCAUUGAACUGCUGCAACUGGUUCCUCCAGCGCCGCUCCCUCUGGCCUGCUUCGAAGAAGACGCUCGGCGAUUCUUAUUCCCAGAACCCAAACUGGUCCCGUCCUCCUCCGGAGUGGACCGAGAGGUUCUGAUGACCCGAGCGCCUCACUUUCCAGGUAUCGCUCCACGGUUGGAGUUUUCCACCAAGACGACCAUCAUGGAGUGCUCAGCUGAUGAGGAGAUCCACAUUCACCCCAACAUCCUCAUGAGGCCGGUGAUGAAGAGGAGCAGGAAGCACUGCAGCAGGCCCAGGAGCUCCUCCCCCCAGAGGAGCCCACCUCUGACCCUGGUCUCCAGGUCCCCGUCGUGGACCCCCAGAUCCCGGUCCCCAUCAUGGACCCCCAGAGCCCGGUCCCCAUCGUGGACCCCCAGAGCCCGGUCGUUGUCCCCUCUCAGAGCUGCAGACCCUCAGCGCCUGGCUCGGCUCAGCCUGGUCUCUGCAGGCCCGAGUGGCACCUUCCAGCCUACGUGGACUUCCUGGCCUGGAGCCAGUUCAUCUUCCUCUUCAGCUUUGACCAGGUCUUCAUCCAAAGUGAGAUGUUCUCCAACCGGCGGGUGGAAAUCCUCCUCCAAUGGUCUGGCUGGAGGGAUAUCAGAAGACGGGUCCAGUUCUUCAGAGACACAUGACCUUCUUGAUGACCACCACGGUCCUGAAGGUUCAGGGCUGUGGAGCUCUUACCGGCAACACAUGGCAUGGUCUCAGUCCAGCUCUCACAGAGAAUGGGAAGAGGUCCAAGCGCGUGUUCGGGGACUGCUUACAACUCCAAGAGCUGUAUGCAGACUUGCCUAUGGGGCCACGGAUUCCGAGGUCGACGAGGUCUUAGCCCGGAGGUCCAUCUCUCCAGGUCCACCGUGACGAUGGGUCCAGGCUCUGGGGAGGUGAGGUGGACUCACUCAGAGAGUUCCACAUGAAAUAAAUGCUUCAGAUACACACCAUGCCAAAGCCACAUGGUAACACUGUGUCUACAUGGGAACUACAAUAAGCCUGAAACAAGACUGUCCUGUAUCCUCCAAACCAGUGGUUCUCAAAUGGGGGUACGUGAAGGCUCUCCAUGGGGUACGUGAGAUUACAAAAUAUAUAUAUUGAAAAAUGAGCAUCCAUUAAAAAAUCCUUGAUGGCACAGCGCUGUGUAUUACAUAUUCGUUUCAACCAAAAAUGACCACAUAUUGAUCACAUAAUAUUGUGAUAUAUUAAACUACAGGGGUAGAUUCACAUGACGUGUUCAGCUGAGGAUGUAGGCGGUUUUACCAGAGGUGGCCAGUAUCAUGAGGAGAUGAUUUAGCAUUUUUGUCAAAAAAUGACCUUGGCCAUUGUUUUAGGAAGGUGACGACAUGAUAACUGUGGUAAUGUUCAAAUAUACUGUGUAGAAUUAGUUUGAAGCAGCCAUGGUGUGAGGUAGAAGACACACGGCUCUCUCUCACAUUGACCGUGUCCUCAGGCAAAGCCCCAGAAGGUCAUACUGUGUCUAUGUGUGAACUGCUGCUGUAUAUCAGAGCAAUG